AAAACACACACCCCGUUCUGUCACACCUAAAAAAGCAAAGCAAUUAAACUCUCUCUCUCUCUCUCUCUCUCUCAAAACUAGGCGCGAAAAUUUGAAAAUCCCCAAAAGCCCACGUAAUAGAGGGAAAUCCUCUCAAAAAUCAAAACCCUAAUCUUUUAUUUUCAAACCCGCCUUCUCCUUUAUAUAAAGCCUCCCAUUCUCUCUUUUCUUUCAGUGCACUACACCUGUUCGACGAAAGUCCUCACAGACACCCAAACACAGAUAGAGACAGAGUCACAGAGAGAGAGAGAGUAGAAAAUGUAUGUCGUGAAGCGAGAUGGGCGUCAGGAAACCGUGCAUUUCGACAAGAUCACUGCGCGGUUGAAGAAGCUGAGCUAUGGGCUUAGUAUGGAACACUGUGACCCAGUGCUUGUGUCCCAGAAGGUCUGCGCUGGGGUCUAUAAAGGUGUCACCACUAGCCAGCUUGAUGAAUUGGCUGCCGAAACUGCCGCCGCCAUGACCGCUAACCAUCCUGAUUAUGCCUCUUUGGCUGCGAGAAUUGUUGUUUCAAACCUGCACAAGAACACAAAAAAGUUGUUUUCUGAGACAAUCAAAGACAUGUACCACCAUUUUAAUGAGAGAUCUGGACUUAAGGCUCCUCUGAUUGCUGACGAUGUUUAUGAAAUAAUCAUGAAGAAUGCUGCUCGUUUGGACAGUGAGAUCAUCUAUGAUAGAGACUUUGACUAUGAUUACUUUGGUUUCAAAACCCUUGAGAGGUCUUACCUAUUGAAGGUCCAAGGGAAGGUUGUAGAAAGGCCUCAGCACAUGUUAAUGAGGGUUUCUGUUGGAAUUCACAAGGAUGAUAUUGAUUCAGUUAUCAAAACAUACCAUAUGAUGUCUCAGCGGUGGUUCACUCAUGCUUCUCCCACUCUUUUCAAUGCAGGGACACCAAGGCCUCAAUUGAGUAGUUGCUUCCUUGUGUGCAUGAAAGAUGAUAGUAUUGAAGGCAUAUAUGAGACUUUAAAAGAGUGUGCUAUCAUUAGCAAAUCUGCUGGAGGAAUUGGUGUCUCAGCUCACAAUAUUCGUGCUACAGGCAGUUAUAUUCGUGGAACAAAUGGGACAUCUAAUGGCAUUGUUCCAAUGCUACGGGUAUUCAAUGAUACUGCACGAUAUGUUGAUCAAGGGGGGGGCAAGAGGAAAGGUGCUUUUGCUGUGUACUUGGAGCCAUGGCAUGCUGACAUAUUUGAUUUCCUAGAUUUAAGGAAGAAUCAUGGAAAGGAGGAGAAUCGUGCACGUGAUCUGUUUUAUGCUCUUUGGGUUCCUGAUCUCUUCAUGGAAAGAGUUCAAAGCAAUGGAGAAUGGUCAUUGUUUUGUCCUAACGAGUCUCCAGGUUUGGCAGAUUGUUGGGGGGACAAUUUUGAGAAAUUGUACACCCAAUAUGAAAGAGAGGGAAAAGCAAAGAAGGUUGUCCAGGCUCAGAAUCUCUGGUUUGAAAUCUUGAAAUCUCAGAUAGAAACAGGAACUCCUUAUAUGCUUUUCAAGGAUACUUGUAACAGGAAGAGCAAUCAGCAGAAUCUGGGUACCAUCAAAUCUUCAAAUUUGUGCACAGAGAUAAUUGAGUAUACAAGUCCAACAGAAACUGCUGUAUGCAAUCUGGCAUCAAUUGCUCUUCCACGGUUUGUCAGAGAGAAGGGGGUUCCAUUGGAGUCACAUCCAUCUAAGCUUGUUGGUAGCAGAGGCUCUAAGAAUCGGUUCUUUGACUUUGACAAGCUUGCAGAGGUUACUGCAAUUGUCACUUAUAACCUUAACAAAAUAAUUGAUGUUAACUACUACCCUGUUGAAACUGCAAGAAGGUCAAAUUUACGACAUAGACCUAUUGGUAUUGGGGUUCAGGGUCUUGCUGAUACCUUUAUCUUGCUUGGCAUGACGUUUGAUUCACCUGAGGCUCAACAGCUUAACAAAGACAUAUUCGAGACUAUAUACUACAAUGCUCUGAAAGCUUCUUCUGAGUUAGCUGCAAAAGAUGGUCCCUAUGAAACAUAUAAUGGGUGUCCUGUGAGCAAGGGAAUUCUUCAGCCAGACAUGUGGGGUGUGGCACCCUCAGAUCGGUGGGAUUGGAAUGCUCUUAGGGAGAUGAUAUCCAAAAAUGGUACUAGAAAUUCACUUCUUAUAGCUCCUAUGCCGACUGCUUCCACUAGCCAGAUUCUUGGAAACAAUGAGUGCUUUGAACCAUAUACUUCCAAUAUUUACAGUCGUAGAGUUCUAAGUGGUGAAUUUGUUGUGGUGAACAAACACCUUCUUCAUGACUUAACUGAGAUGGGUGUGUGGUCUCCUGCAAUUAAGAACAAGAUAAUUUAUGAGGAUGGCUCUGUUCUGAAGAUACCAGAAAUCCCUGAGGAACUGAAACACAUUUACAAAACUGUGUGGGAGAUCAAGCAAAAGACGUUAGUUGAUAUGGCUGUUGAUCGUGGAUGCUACAUAGAUCAGAGUCAAAGCCUUAAUAUACAUAUGGACCAACCUAACUUUGGGAAACUUACUUCCUUGCAUUUCUAUGCGUGGUCCAAGGGUCUGAAAACAGGCAUGUAUUACCUACGAUCACGAGCUGCAGCUGAUGCCAUCAAGUUCACUGUUGAUACUUCCAUGCUCAAGGAUAAGCCUGAGGUUGUGGGUGCUGAUGAUAGUACCAUGAUGGCACAAAUGGUAUGCUCAUUAACAAACCGUGAAGAGUGCAUGGCUUGUGGAAGUUGAGUCACACUUAAAGAGUUCAUGGAGUCACUCUUAAAGAUGUGCUUCAGGUUGAGAUUAUCUUCAUGCCCAGAUGGCACAAGAAAUUUGGCUAUCAAUUGAGGGCCUUAUUAAGGUGAAUUUUGUUAAGGUUUUCAAGAUGAGUUCCAGAAAUCUAUUAGCACAGCACCAAAUUGUGGAAGUUGAAUGACUUUGAAGACUUUCAAGUCAAUGUAUAGCUUUUAAAUUGAUAUCAGUUGUUAGAUCUGUAUUUAUUUGUAUUUGUAUUGAGUUCUUCCUUAUACAUUACAAAGACUUGGGCAUGGAUUGUCAUGGGCAUUUAUAAAUGGAAAUCAGCUUUGCUCCAA